UUCUCGUACUUUUUUGGCUAAAAAACUAUUCGACACGCCCACUUUCAGUGCUUAGGAACUCUAUAAGAGCACUAAAAUCUGGUUGCAGUUGUAAAGACAAUGCCGCAAAAAAGAUGCCGUCAUACCACACUGUAAUCAUCAUCCUGCUCAUCUCAAUUAUCUCCACAACGUCAUUCAUUCUGCAAGAUCUUCCAUUGGAGCGUUUCGAGCGAAGUGGGCAUGGAAGUGAUGAGCUUCUAGGAGGAGGUUCACAAUUCGAUCGACAUAUACGAUCUGGUCUCAGCUACAGGCCAAUGCCGAAUUUAAUGGCACGAUAUAGAAUGAUGUCCGGCUAAAACUCGAGCACCGUGUCCCCCUUCCAUGUGAUCCAGCAUCUCUCAUUUCUUGGGAUCUCCACGUCUUUUAUCCUACUUUUCUCCUGUCUCUCAAUGUUUCUGUCAUGACAUGUUCUCCAAUCAAACGUCAUCUGAUAAUAUUCCAAAUAUUCUUCAUUAUCUCAAUUCCAUAACUAUUUGUUUCCAGAGGUACAGAAUAAGUAUUGAUUUUUGAUCGAUAAAGAAAAAUAAAUAAAUGCUUUCGUCGUUAAUUCGAUGG